AUGUUGAGCAAGUUGUUUCCCCACAUCAGUGAAAGGCCUUUGAGCGAGCGGGUCAAGUCCCGAGAUGCCUUCAUCUACUUGGAUAGGGUGAUGUGGUCCUUUGGCUGGACAGAGCCAGAGAACAAAAGGUGGGAUCUACUUUACAAGCUGUGGUUUGUGUUCGUGAGCAUCGUAAUGCUCGUCCUUCUGCCGAUCUCAAUAAGCAUCGAGUACCUUCAGCGGUUCAAGACCUUUUCGCCGGGUGAGUUCCUUAGCUCCUUCGAGAUUGGAGUCAACAUGUACGGCAGCAGCUUCAAGUGCGCCUUUACCAUGAUGGGAUUUAGGAAGAGGCAGGAGGCUAAGAUGUUGCUGGAUCAGCUGGACAAGAGAUGCAUUCGCAACGAGGAGAGGGCCACGGUUCAUCGCUAUGUUGCCAUGUCCAACUUUUUCGAUAUUUUGUAUCACAUUUUCUACUCCAGCUUCGUGGUGAUGAACUUUCCGUACUUUCUGCUGGAGCGACGACAUGCCUGGCGCAUGUACUUUCCCUUCAUCGACUCCGAAAAGCAAUUUUACAUCUCCAGCAUCGCCGAAUGCUUCCUGAUGACGGAGGCCAUCUACAUGGAUCUCUGCACGGAUGUGUGUCCCCUGAUCUCCAUGCUCAUGGCUCGAUGCCACAUCAACCUCCUGAAAAAGCGACUGCGAAAUCUCAGAUCGGAGCCAGGAAAGUCCGAAGAAGAGUACUUGGAGGAGCUCACCAAGUGCAUUCGGGAUCAUCGCUUGAUUUUGGACUAUGUUGACGCUCUGCGCCCUGUGUUUUCGGGAACCAUUUUCGUGCAGUUCCUCUUGAUCGGCACUGUCCUGGGUCUCUCAAUGAUAAACCUCAUGUUCUUCUCGACGUUUUGGACUGGUGUCGCCACUUGCCUCUUUAUGUUCGACGUGUCCAUGGAGACUUUUCCCUUUUGCUAUUUGUGCAACAUGAUCAUCGACGACUGCCAGGAGAUGGCCGAUUGCCUCUUUCAAUCGGACUGGACUUCUGCCGACCGUCGAUACAAAUCCACCUUGGUAUACUUUCUUCACAAUCUUCAGCAACCCAUUACUCUGACGGCUGGUGGAGUUUUUCCCAUUUGCAUGCAAACAAACUUAGCUAUGGUGAAGCUGGCAUUUUCUGUGGUUACCAUAAUAAAACAAUUUAACUUGGCCGAAAGGUUUCAAUAG